ACUAGUAGAUCUGCGCCAUCUACCCCAGACCAAGAAAGAUGACCGAUUCCAUGCCUUCUUCGCAGAGACGGAGCGGUACCUCGCAGAAGAAGUCGGAGUUGCUUGCCAUGAGCGGCGACAUGGAGAGCAGCUUUACCUGGCAAAGACUGAGUUUCGAGGACCUGCACCAUAGAGUCAAAGAGAGAGUCCCUGCCGAUACAGCCAUACCAUCUGUCAAGUGGAUGAGGUAUCAAUUUCAACCUGUGAAUCCGAGGGCUAAUACUGCCAAGUAUUUCAAGAGAGCCCUAAACAUCAAGAUGAUGGUCCAGAAACGACAGGUCCGACUAAACUACGUUGACGCUCACUACUGUGCAGCCUCCUGGAGGUAUAUGAGGGAAUAUGCCUUACUGAACAAAGAUUUGGUUACUCUUGUUUCAAUGGAUGACAAGCACAAGUACAAGGUGGGGGAGCCAAACUACCCUCUUGCAGCAGCCGAACGGGGAAAACAAGUCAUUGUUGGUGCCAAUCAGGUGAUGGCUGUUGGGGACCAUGACUUCAGCAAAGCGAAACUGACACCUUCUGUCAACUUGUUUAUUGAGAUUCCAGCGAGUAUCCUUGGAGAAAGUUUCUACAGAAGAGACGUAUACAUGUUCCACCCAUACUGCUGA